UGUUAUAUUAUUAUCAUCGAACAGAGGAUAAUACACACUUAUUGUAGUUGCCAGUUGGUAUUCGUAUUYUAACUAUUAGGCACGAUAUUAUAAAAUUUAUAACCAAAAAAUCGAAUAAUCGUGUGUAUAGUUCAACAUUUCUAAUCGUGUCAUGAACGUUACUACGUUAGCCACUGUAAGAUUUCGGUAGUUCGGAAUAUUGAACUCGUGAGUCGUUGCACAGUCGUUUCGUAUUUCGAUUUCAGUUUUACGCGAGUGAUUACGACUUCCACGCAACGUGUUCAUAUAGGUACUUGUAUAGUGGAAGUCGGCGCUCGCUACUCAUCUAGACCAUUUUGCGAAAUUCGAAAUCAAUGGUCACGAUGACAAACUGAAUCGACCUAGAUACACGUCCAAGUCGAACUUCACCGUAGUGAUCGCGUUAUUGAAAGAAAUCAACAAUCGGCUAUCGUUAAAAUGACCAACGUUUGUGUUCUGUGCGUGAAACCAUUGGCCAAAUAUCCAAACAACAGGAUAUCAUAUCACGUAUUUCCAGCAUGUCCAAAAAAACGGAAGAUUUGGCUCAAACAGUGUAGAUUAACAAACAAAGAAGUCUUACCAAAMCGUAAGAUAUGCUCACUUCACUUUGAACCAUCAUGUUUCAAAUCCAAUGUAAAGAGGCGUAUACUUUACCCUGAUGCUGUACCAACAAUUUUUGGAACGACAAGUCAACCGUCAAAAAUUGUGAAAGGAAAAACAAAAAAUUGCAAUAAAAAUGCAAUUGCCGGUCAGAAUCGUCAGUCUCGUGAUACAUCAUUAACAAGAGCUGCUAAAAAAGGUAUUGCUAGUUCAAAUCAUGUGUCUCGUGAUAUUUUACCAACAAAACCUGCUUCAAAAGUACUUCAUCGUGUAAAAAGUAAUGAAACAAAUCGAAAAAGAAAACUUGAUAAGCACGAUGAACCUAUAGUGGCAUUUAAAAAGAAUAAGUCAUCAUUUAUGUCACUAUUGAAACUUGUAAGGAUUCAAAUGUCAAUGACUAACGGAAUAAAAUGAUAAGCAACUGAUUAUUGGAGCAUUCUAAACAAUUUAUUUCUAAAAUCUAACAAAUAAUAAAAAAAAAUGUACCAUUUUUAAUAUUGCUAUAAGUGU